GGAGGAAGAGGAUGAUGCGCGCCCCCUUGGUUUUCCUCCCGCCGCGCAAGGGGAGCGGGACCUCCGGAUGAGGUAGAAGCCCCGCGUGUCGCUCGCUGAGCCCACCAAGUCGCUAUGAAAAAUGGCUCAGCUCUAUUACAAAAAAGUAAACUACUCCCCCUAUAGAGACCGGAUCCCACUGCAAAUUGUCCGGGCAGAAGUGGAGCUGUCCUCGGAGGAGAAGGCCUACCUCAUUGCUGUAGAGAAAGGGGACUAUGCCAGUGUAAAGCAUUCCGUGGAGGAGGCGGAGAUCUAUUACAACAUCAACAUCAACUGCAUGGACCCUCUUGGUCGCAGUGCCCUUCUAAUAGCCAUAGAGAAUGAAAACUUAGAGAUUAUGGAGUUGUUACUGAGCCACAAUAUCUACGUGGGCGAUGCACUCCUGUAUGCAAUACGGAAAGAAGUCGUGGGGGCUGUGGAACUGCUUCUGAAUUACAAGAAGAGAAGUGGGGAGAAGCAGGUUCCCACAUUAAUGAUGGACACCCAAUUUUCAGAGUUCACCCCUGAUAUCACCCCUAUCAUGUUGGCUGCUCAUACCAACAACUACGAGAUCAUAAAGCUGCUUGUCCAAAGACGGGUCACCAUCCCAAGGCCACAUCAGAUCCGAUGCAACUGCGUAGAAUGCGUCUCCAGUUCAGAAGUGGACAGCCUGAGGCAUUCCAGAUCGAGGCUAAACAUCUAUAAAGCUUUGGCCAGUCCUUCACUCAUCGCCUUAUCUAGCGAGGACCCGAUCUUGACAGCCUUUCGGCUGGGUUGGGAGCUGAAGGAACUCAGCAAGGUGGAGAACGAGUUCAAGGCUGAAUAUGAGGAGCUUUCCCAGCAGUGCAAGCGGUUUGCAAAAGACCUACUGGAUCAGGCACGCAGCUCCCGAGAACUGGAAAUCAUCUUGAACCACAGGGAUGAUCAGAGUGAGGAGUUAGAUCCCCAGAAGUGCCAUGAUUUGGCCAAGCUAAAGGUAGCAAUAAAGUAUCAUCAGAAAGAGUUUGUUGCUCAGCCCAACUGCCAGCAACUACUAGCAACACUUUGGUACGACGGCUUUCCCGGAUGGCGGCGGAAGCAUUGGGCAGUUAAGCUUUUGACCUGUGUCACUAUUGGACUGCUGUUUCCAGUGCUUGCCGUGGCUUAUUUGAUGGCACCCAAAAGCAGGCUGGGACUGUUCAUUAAAAAGCCAUUUAUCAAGUUUAUCUGCCACACAGGCUCCUACCUUACCUUCCUCUUCAUGCUACUGCUCGCAUCCCAGCACAUUGUCAGGACAGAUCUACACAUGCAAGGACCUCCUCCUACAGUGGUGGAAUGGAUGAUCCUCCCAUGGGUUUUAGGUUUUAUUUGGGGCGAAAUCAAAGAGAUGUGGGAUGGCGGCUUUAAUGAAUACGUGCAUGACUGGUGGAACCUGAUGGAUUUUGCGAUGAACUCUCUCUACUUAGCAACCAUUUCUCUGAAAAUUGUUGCCUAUGUCAAGUACAAUGGUUCCCGUCCAAGGGAGGAAUGGGAAAUGUGGCACCCAACCCUGAUAGCAGAAGCCCUCUUUGCCAUUUCAAACAUUUUAAGCUCCUUGCGUCUCAUCUCCCUGUUUACAGCAAACUCUCACCUGGGACCCCUGCAGAUCUCCCUGGGACGAAUGCUGCUAGACAUUCUCAAGUUCCUCUUCAUUUAUUGCCUGGUGCUGCUAGCUUUCGCCAAUGGACUCAACCAGCUUUAUUUCUAUUAUGAGACGAGUGCCUCCGAAGAGCCAAACAAUUGCAAAGGGAUCCGUUGUGAGAAGCAAAACAAUGCCUUUUCCACGAUCAUGCAGAUAUAGAAUGGAAGUUUGCACGCACAAAACUCUGGAUGAGUUACUUCGAUGAAGGAGGCACACUACCACCUCCUUU